AUGUUGGCUAUCACAUUCCUAUUCUUCAACCCAACCGGUACGACGUUUCGAUCAAUACCAAAUAUCCUGCUCCGUAAAUACUUUCAUGUGUUGGCCAUUGUAAUGUUUGCACCAGUGAUCAUCGUUAGACCAGAUCUCAUGUCACUGAGCUUUGGUGUGGCCAUCAGUGCACUGGUACUCAUUGAACUGAUCAAGUAUGGACGCGUGCCACCAUUGAGCCAGCCUCUCUCCACCUAUAUGGACGCUUUCCUUGAUGGUCGUGACAGUGGAAUCGUAACACUCACUCACAUCUACUUAUUGGUCGGUUGUUCAAUACCGGUAUUCCUCACAUUCUUCUAUGAUAGUGGAGAGCGCUCCACAUAUCUUCAUCCACUUUCAGCCUUCUCUGGACUACUCACUAUUGGUGUUGGUGACAGCAUGGCAUCAUACGUUGGCAUCAAGUAUGGCAAGACCAAGUGGUUCAGUACAUCAAAGUCACUAGAGGGUACAAUCGGAGGAAUUGUAUCAUGUUUCAUUGCUGGUGCAAUGUUAUUAUUAUGUGUCACCAAUCAGACUACUACAAGUAUCCAACUUAUCAGACUACUGAUAGGAUCAUCCAUUAGUGGUCUAUUGGAGGCCUCUACCAAUCAAAUCGAUAACAUUGUAUUACCAAUUCUAUUCUUUUAG